CUUUUCCUUUUCUGUCCUUUUUAUAAACAGUUAUUAUGAUUCUAAAAUGUACUAAAAUAUCUUAACAAGUUUAUCAGUAUAAAUAUAUUUUCACUAUCAUUCAUGUUUUACAGCUUUAGUGACAAAGAACAAACCAAAACUCUUUCACAGACACUAUCUUGACAUCACCAGCAGUUAUUCAUUAGCAAUUUCACUAGCUUUAAUAUCAUUCAAGUUCACUAGGUAAAGUAAGUAUUGUUUAGCCUGAGUGAUCUAUUUUUUUUCCUGAUAAUUACAAUUUAAAUGUCAGAAUUUAGCUGUUCUUGUAGAGAAAACAAAGUAUUUUUUCCCAUAUCUGAAAGAAAGAUGUGAUGCAGUACCCAAUAAUGUUUUAAAUGAAGGCAAAAAUAAAUUUUGAACUUGUAGUCCUUGAAGAUGAAAUCUACACUGCUUUGCGUGAAGAACCAGCAAUACUCCAGAGAUGCUUUUGGAUCCAUAGAAAGUUCGUCUAUCAAUCAAAUUCAGAAACUUUGUUAAUAACCAGUCCAUUACGUCUUCAAAGAAAAGAAAUAUCAUUCAUGGACAGCAGUAAUGAUGAUGAUAGACAUUUCUCCAAACUGAAAAUGUGGCUUGAAAAUAGGUUACACAUUUCACAGAGACUAAUUUGUUCUGUGCACUGGAAUGAAGGACUUGUAAAACCUAAAGAAUCCUCUGAACAUGCCAAAUAUAUCAACAAUGUUUGCCAGAAAGUAAAAGAAAUAGUUGGAGAUAUGAUUGAUAAAAUCAUUAAGAAAGAUCUUGAAGAGGGAUUCAGUGAAUAUUAUAGAGGUAUUGAAAAUUCCCUUUAUGCUGAACUGUGUGAACAAACAAAAAGUUGUCGGCUUCAUCAGCAGUAUGUCAGUGGAUGCCAGGCACUUCUAAGUGCUAUCCACAAGUACUUAACUUCCAAUUCCUGCCACCCAUUAAUUAUUUAUGGAGAGUCAGGUUGUGGCAAGACUUCACUGCUAGCUAAGACUGUUGCUCUUUGCCCCAUUUGGGUUCCUGAUUUGGCUGUGGUCUUCAGGAUGGUUGGAACCUCUCCAGACUCAAGAACAGUUGAAAGACUGUUGAUCAGUAUCUGUAAACAAUGUUGCAUCUUAUAUGAUGAACCAACCUUUCUAGCAAUAAAGAGCUUACAUGAAGCAGAAACUGUCCUGAAUUUUUUGCUCACCAGAGUUCAUUCAACUAGGCCCUUGCUCAUCAUCAUAGAUGGUAUAGACCAGGUGUCAAGCUACAGUUCUAGAGACAUCCAUUGGAUUCCUUUGGAACUACCACAACAUGUCAAAAUGAUCUUGAGUUUUCAAAGUGGAAGUGAAGAAUUUGAAAAAUUAAAGAAGAUAUUCAAUGAAGAAGCUUACAUCGAAGUUCCUAAUUUGACACCAGAAGAGUGUCUUGCUAUUAUUGAAGAUGUUUUAAAACAAAAUAACCAAAGAAUUACUGAAGUACAGCACUCUUUAGUUUGGUUGUGCUGUCAGAAUUCUCCUUCUAUCUGUUAUGUUCAAUUGCUUGCAUAUAUGAGUCUCUACUGGCACAGUAUCAAAGGUCUUAGUGAGCUCAAGGUCAAACGAACAACUGAAGGGCUUAUGUUCCAGCUACUUACCAUUUUGGGUGGGCAUGUUGGAGAUGGAGUUGUGACUUUUAUCUUAGGACUGUUAGUCGCUACCAAGCAGGGAAUUUCAGAUGCUGAGAUUCUGGAUAUUUUAUCAUGUGAAGACUUAGUGUUACAGAGAGUUUAUUCUCAUGAAUGUUCUUAUAUAAGACGGUUUCCAUGUCUAUUGUGGGCUUAUAUUAAGCGUCAUCUAUCUGUGUUUGUAAAGUAUGCAGUAACAGAUGGUAGGAGCUUGCUUAUCUGGAGGAAUGAAAACUUCCGCGGAUUGUGUGAAAGAUAUUUACACAAAGAAGGCUGCAACUUACCAACACAUGCUUUAGUUGACUACUUUGAAGGUCGGUGGGCAGGAAGUAAAAAAAAGCCAUACCCUUCACCCAAAGAGGGCACUGAGAUUUUGAAGGAUAGGUAUGUCUUAGUCCAGCCACUUUACUAUGGUUCUUUUCCAAACCGACGAAAAUUUAUUGAACUACCUUACUAUUAUUUACAUUCUUUAAGUGAUAGUUGCUUCAGAGAGAAAUUCAUUCUAAAUUCUGAAUGGUUACAGCAAAAAAUUCAAGCCCUUGGCCCACUUGAAGUCCUAGAAGACAUGACAAUGUACCAGUGUAUCAAACGUGAAGAUGAAGAAAUAUCAUUGCUCAGAGAAGUCAUUCAGCUAUCAAGUUAUGCUCUUCUUUAUGAUGGAUCACAGAUUUUCACCCAGUUGUACACAAGAUUUUUUACAUUAUUCAGUAAUAAUGAAGUUAACAAUAAACAGUUUCCAUUCCUGAAGUUGAUGUUUGAAAGAGCACGGUGGGCACCUACUCCAAGUCUUCUACCUGUUAUACCUUGUCUGCAAACUCCAAAAACAUCUUGCAUAACAAAUCCCUCACUUGAAGUACAUGUGACUCUUGUAUCUAACCUUUAUCGCUUGAAACAAAACUGGGGUUACAUGAUCUCGCUUUCAGAAGAUCACAGUGAAAUUAUCUUGUGGAAUAUCUAUAAUCAGGAAGUUGCAAAAGUAGUACACUCAGCAUCCAGACCCAAAGAACUUAAGAUGAUUGAUGAUCAUCGUGCCUUGGUUCUUUGUGAUUCCACUCUUUUAAUUUAUGACAUUGAUGAAGGCCUGUGUGAGCCUAAAUUCAAGGUCUCUGGAUAUACCAGUCAUUGCUUUGGAUAUUAUGGAAAUUACAUUGUUAUAUUUUCAGAAAAGAAUACAUGCAUCAGAUUUCUAAAUAUCAAAACUGGUGAAGAGAAAGACACUCUUAAACCUGAUGAUUAUGGAAAUUGGGUUAUGAAUAAACUGGUGGUGACAAGUAAUGGUCAGUUAUGUGUAUGGAGAACUAGUAUCCAGAAUCAGUCCUCUAUCUUAGUUUGGGAACUAAAGAAUAAGAAGUUGUUAUAUGAUCUGCACAUUUCAACAUAUGUCUUUAUACCACAGCUGUCUAAAGAAACUAAUGAUGGCUACUUGCUAGUGUCAGCAUGUCAGGCACUCUGCAAAGAUAGUUCACACAUCCUCAUACUGUAUGAUCUUCAGACUGGUCAUAUCAAGAACCAGUGGCAUGCCUGCACAGAGGUCACUGCUGUUGCUGUCUACUCAGAGUUGGACUGUGUGUUGAGUGGAUUAUCAAACACAUUGAUUGUGGUUUGGGAAAUGACAACAACACAGAAAAGAUUCAUUUUGAGAGGACACAGUUCUCCUGUUGAUCAUAUUCAACUUUCAGUAUCAUCUGGUUUUUGUGUGACCUGGGACUCGAAGGGUUAUGAUCGCAGUCUUAGACUGUGGGAUCUAAAAAAGGGAGAAUGUUUAUCUACAUUCACACCAGAUGAGCUUAUCGUGUGCUGUGAACUGUCUCUAGAUGGGAAGGCAGUUGUUAUAGGGCUUGAAGGAAAACCUGGAAUCACAACCCUAAUUCUAUGCCAUAAUAGUACAGUACAAAAUGAACAAGCCUCUAGACUUAGAGUAUGGAAACCAAGGACAAAAUAAAACUUUUUAGCAGUCCAUUUAUUAAAUCUAAUGGUUAUGUACUUUUUUAGGUUUUAAAAUAUUUGACAUUUUUUUCUUGUAAUUAACCAAAAACUUGAAACUCUGGAGAUCAUGGUUUGUAUAGUUUACAGAA